GCGCCCUUCAGGCUUCAAUGCUUCUUUCGAAAGCGGGCAAACUCUGACAGCCUUCAGGUGAACUGUGCUCCUGGCUUGUUCAACGAGAUUGGUGCGUUUAGGAGGGCUUUGUCUAGCGGUAUAUCAUCCCUUCAAUCUUCGAGUUGAAGGUUCAUUGAGGUUAUUCUCCUUUGAUAACAUUUUCUAGAAAGACGAUUAAUACCACUCUUCUGCGACCGCGGGAAACAGCGGCUGAAGGGAUAAUUGAGUUGGCGUGACUGCACUGCGAGAAACCAGGACCCGAGAAACCAGGAAAGGCGGAAGCAGGAAAGGAAGGGGUCGAAACGGAAGGAUACAUAUAAGAACAGGGUUUGGGUAAGCUGUCAGAAUGGCGGCUGUUGGUGCCGUCGCCGACACGGCGAUGGCGGUCCGGGAGAAGCUGCAGGGAAAAGUGUCUACGGUCAAAGUAAGAAGAUACUGGCCGGGGAAGAGGCCAGAUUGGGCGACUGAGGCUGACGAUGCGGAUGACCUGGUUCCGAAGCAGCAAGUCAAGACAGGGUUUGAUCGCCCUACUGCCAGGGAAGACGCACGGUUACGGAGGCUUGCCGAGUCGCGGCGCGACCGCGAGGAGGCGGUCCAGCAGCACCGUGAGAUUCGUGCCGCGGAGGUCGUGACGACGCGCCGGCAGGAAGAGCACGAGAAGGAAGCGCAGCGGAAAGCGGAGCAAGAGGAGGAAGAAGACGAGGAGAAGAUCGAGGAGCGGCGGAGGCGGAUACGAGAACGCGCGCUGCAGAGGCGGGAGGAGGAGGAGGUGUUGCCACAGGAAGAAGAGGAAGAAGAGGAGGAAGAGUCCGAGUCCGAGUACGAGACCGACUCGGACGACUCAGACGCGGGCCCAAAGCUGCGCAAGCCAAUCUUCGUCCCGAAGGCCGAGCGAGAAACCAUCGCCGAACGGGAACGCCUAGAAGCCGCGGAAGACGCCCAGGAAGAAGAGCUCAAGAAACGGUUGGAGCAGCGGAAGAUCGAGACGAAGCAGAUUGUGGUCGAGGUGAUUCGGCAAGAAGAGGAGCGGGCGAAGAACCAGGAGGAAGAAGCGGAGGAUGUUGAGACGGACGAUGAGGUGAAUGAAGAAGAGGAGUACGAGGGGUGGAAGGCGCGCGAGCUCGCGCGGAUCAAGCGCGACCGGGCGGAGCGCACGGCUUUGGCGAAGGAGAAGGAGGAGCUGGAGAAGCUGCGGAGCAUGACGGAGGAGGAGCGCGCCGAGUACGAGCGGCGCAACCCCAAGGAGCAGACGCAGAAGACCAAGAAGAAGUGGAAGUUCAUGCAAAAGUACUACCAUAAGGGCGCCUUCUUCCAGGAGGAGCCGGACGACAAGUUUGGCACAGCGGGCUCGGCCGAGAUCUUCCGGCGCGACUUCUCGGAGGCGACGGGCGAGGACAAGCUGGACAAGAGCAUCCUGCCCAAGGUCAUGCAGGUCAAGCACUUCGGGCGCGCGGGACGCACGAAAUGGACGCAUCUCGUGGACCAGGACACGACGGAGUGGGACACGCCUUGGACCACCAACGACUUGCUGCGCGCAAAGUACAAUCAGAAGAUGGCGGCGAUGGCGCGGCCGAUCGAGAAGCCGAAGGGGAGCAAAAAGCUGAAGGACUGGGAGGAGCCGCAGCGGCGGUAUGGUUGAGGCUCGGGGUCUGGUAUGUCGGUGUUGCUUGUACAUAUAAGUCGGGCGAUGAGAGUGUGAAGGCACAGGCGUGGUUGUCCGGGCCUCCUUCUCUAAGCACGUAGUUUGCCUGCUCUCUUGCUUCAAUCCGUAGUCAAUGUCCGACGGCCCCAACUUAUGGUGCUCGAUGUGCAAUGGGAAAGGGGAUGAUCAUGGCGACUCUCUAAG